CCCUGUUGAUGACGUAAGGAAUCGUCUUAGUCUGCUCUCAUUCUUUCGAGCGCGUCGUCCUAUUGAGAUAUACAGGACAGCAGAAGGAGCUGUCAAACUUUAAGUAAAGUCUUUAAAGUUGACGCUACAUCACAGUUGUACUUUAAGUUGUGUUCUACGUCGAAUUGGUAUGGACUGACACGGUCUCAUUCUGAGGAAAAAUAUAGACGACUUCACUAAUAUCAUGGCACCGUUUCAAAUCUGGAUCCUUUUUACUUCUUUGGUGUCGUAUGCUUUGCCGGAAAAGAAAGUUUGCCAGGGCGGCAAUAACCGUUUAACAGUUCUGGGAUCCAUAGAGGACCACUAUUUGAACAUGGUCAAGACCUACAGCAACUGUACAGUGGUCCUAACGAACCUGGAGAUCACACACAUUCAAGACCACCAGGAUCUGUCUUUCCUCAGGUCCAUCCAGGAGGUGGGUGGCUAUGUUCUGAUUGCAGUCAACAAAGCCAACAGGAUUCCCCUGGACAACCUUCGAAUCAUCCGAGGCCACACUCUCUACAAUGGUGAAUUUGCCCUGGCUGUUCUGAGUAACCAAGACAAGAACACUGGAAAAGGCACCACUGAGCUAUCUCUGAACAGCCUUACAGAGAUCCUGAAAGGAGGAGUAAUAUUCACAAAAAACAAGCUGUGCAAUGUUGAGACCAUCCAGUGGUUGGACAUCGUGGACAGUAAGAACAAACCGAAACUGGUCUUACCACAAACCAGCAAAAAUAAGCUAUGUAAGAAAUGCGAUCCUGGAUGUUUCAAUGGUUCAUGUUGGGCGCCCGGCCCAGAAAACUGCCAAACAUUGACAAAGCUGAACUGUGCCCAGCAAUGCUCUAAGAGGUGUAAAGGUCCAUCCCCCAGCGACUGCUGCAAUGAACACUGUGCUGCAGGCUGCACUGGACCCCGUGCUACUGACUGUCUGGCCUGCAGGGACUUCCAGGAUGAUGGGACAUGUAAAAACUCAUGUCCCCAGCUCCUGCUGUAUGACCGGAACCUUCAUCAAUUGGUCAUCAACCCAGAGGGAAAGUACAACUUCGGGGCCACCUGUGUGAAGACAUGCCCACAUAACUAUGUGGUGACGGACCAUGGAGCGUGCGUUCGGACGUGCACCGGGGACACAUAUGAGGUGGACGAAGGAGGGCUCAGGAAGUGCAAGAAGUGUGAUGGACUCUGCCCCAAAGUUUGCAAUGGACUUGGAAUGGGGAGUCUUGCCAAAGUUCUAUCAAUUAAUGCCACCAACAUUGAAACCUUAAGAAACUGCACCAAAAUCAAUGGGAACAUUGCUAUCCUCCACCCAUCUAUCCUUGGGGAUCGAUAUACUAAAACACCAGCAAUGGACCCUGCUCAGCUAGAUGUUUUCAAGACGGUCAGAGAAAUUACUGGCUACCUUCUUAUUCAAAACUGGCCACAGAACAUGACGUCCCUCAGUCCUUUUGAGAACCUGGAAAUAAUUAGAGGACGAAUCAAAAUUGGUCUGUUGAGCUUGUCCAUAAGCAAUUUAAACAUCACCCACCUCGGUCUUCGCUCGCUGAAGGAGAUCAGUGAUGGAGAUGUGACCAUCAGCAUGAACAACAAGCUCUGCUACACCGAGAAACAACACUGGAGGCAACUGUUCAAGUUUGACACCCAGACUAUCCGGCUGGAGAGCAACGCUGACACGGCCACCUGCGGGCUGCUGAACAACACGUGUGACAGAUUGUGCAGUAGGGAUGGCUGCUGGGGGCCUGGACCCAACAUGUGUUUGUCCUGUCUGUACUACAGCCGGGCAGGGAGCUGUGUGGAGUCCUGUAACCUGCUGAACGGGGAGCCUCGUGAGACUGAAGUGAAUAAGACCUGUUUGCAGUGUCAUCCUGAGUGUCAGCUCCUUAAUGGAACCCAGACCUGCUCUGGACCAGGCCCAGAGCAAUGUACCCGGUGUGCUAACUUCAAAGAUGACGACAAGUGUGUCAUGACGUGUUCAAGAGGGGUGCCAGGGGUGGAAGGGGGCACUUACGUCUGGAAGUAUGCCGAUAAGAGGAAGGUGUGCCACCUGUGCCAUCGAAACUGUACUGAGGGAUGUACUGGUCCUGGUGUGGAAGGCUGCUUGCAGAAAGGUAACCCUGGCCUAUCAGUGAUUGCGGCCUCCGUGGUGGGCGGGCUUCUGGCCUUCCUCAUUAUGGGCCUGUCCGUUUUCGUGUUGAUACGACGACGCCACAUUAAAAGGAAGAGGACCCUCCGAAGACUUCUCCAGGAGAGAGAGCUAGUUGAACCGUUGACUCCAAGUGGUGAGGCCCCCAACCAGGCUCUCCUCCGCAUCCUGAAGGAGACCGAGUUUAAGAAGAUCAAAGUGUUGGGCUCAGGGGCCUUUGGCACUGUCUACAAGGGUCUGUGGGUUCCUGAAGGAGAGGAUGUGAAGAUCCCUGUGGCCAUUAAGGUUCUAAGAGAGGCUACGUCACCUAAAGCCAACAAGGAGAUCUUGGAUGAGGCCUAUGUGAUGGCCAGCGUGGAACACCCCCAUGUGUGUCGUCUACUGGGCAUCUGCCUGACCUCCACCGUACAGCUGGUCACUCAGCUCAUGCCUUGCGGCUGUCUCCUGGACUAUGUCAAGGAGAACAAGGACAACAUCGGCUCCCAGUACCUUCUCAACUGGUGUGUGCAGAUGGCCAAGGGAAUGAAUUACCUGGAGGAACGUCAUCUGGUACAUCGUGACCUUGCAGCGAGGAACGUACUGGUGAAGACUCCGCAGCACGUUAAGAUCACUGACUUUGGCCUGGCCAAACUUCUCAACGCUGAUGAGAAAGAGUACCAGGCAGAUGGAGGAAAGGUACCGAUCAAAUGGAUGGCACUGGAGUCCAUCCUCCACCGAACAUACACACAUCAAAGUGAUGUUUGGAGCUAUGGUGUGACGGUGUGGGAGCUGAUGACAUUCGGGACCAAGCCUUACGACGGCAUUCCAGCCCGAGAGAUAGCGGGGGUGCUAGAGAAAGGGGAGCGGCUUCCCCAGCCUCCCAUCUGCACCAUAGACGUCUACAUGAUCAUGGUCAAGUGCUGGAUGAUCGACGCCGACAGCAGGCCCCGUUUCAGGGAACUGAUAGCGGAGUUCUCCAAAAUGGCACGGGAUCCCCCGCGUUAUCUGGUCAUCCAGGAUGAUGACCGGAUGCACCUCCCCACGCCCACAGACACUCGGUUCUACCGGAGCCUCAUCAGUGGAGAGGACAUGGAUGAUGCUGUUGACGCGGACGAGUACAUGGUACCUCAGCGGGGCUUCUUCUCCAGCCCCAGUACCUCCCAUACCCAGCUCCUACACUCUAUGAGCCAGAACAGCACAUUGAACGGAAGCAUUGGAUUGUGCCACAGCAGAAAUGGGAAUGGGUUCCAGUUCAGAGAUGGAAGCAUGGUUCUGCGGUACAUUGCUGAUCCCACAGACAGGUUCUUAAACCAAGCCUUCCAGCCUGCCCCAGACUAUAUGAACCAGAACGGCGUGUCAGACAUGAUGAACCCCAUAUACCAGCACCCCGGUCCCCCUCGCGCCCUUCUUCCGACCAUAUCUUCAGACGACACGGAAACAGAGUACCUGAACUGCUAUAAGAAUGAGGCAGGUGGGCCGGAGUACCUGAACGCUCUCCAGCCCUCCAUCCUGUCCCCCGCCAUCUCCAACGGCAUCUCCCAAAUCACCUCAAAUGGCCUCACUCCCACUGCCAGUGACCUUUCCCCAAUGUCCAGUGAUCUUCCCUCCAGUGGCCGUUCCCCCCUCUCCGACAGCGGACUCCACUGCCUCCAGAAGUACCAGCCCCAGAACAGUAUAGAUAACCCAGACUACCAGCAGGACUUCACCCCCUCCGUCAAGUCCCGUGCCAACGGACACAUCCCAGCCGCGGAGAACGCAGAGUACCUGGGCCCAAACUGAGGCUCACCAAACUGAGGCUCACUACUCCAACUGCGGAGUGAAAAAGAGACAUCAGAGAAUAAGGCUCUCUAUCCUACUGAGAGAAGGAAUACAUAAAUAAGGUCUUUGUUAAGCAGGGGUAGCGGUACCACGGACUGCUUUGCAUUGUGUUUAUCCCAGCAUAGUAGAGCCAAGGGAGCUUGUUCGCCUGUUGUAGUAUUAUACAGUACUUCAAAACUCUCCUUAUUCCUGAAACGCUCACAUUACACAUGUAAGUGUCAUGUUGCACCAUACAAAGUUAACAAUCUGAAUGUGUAGAUUGAGAAACACUAUUUCUAGACGAAAUAGCGUAUUACUCAGUCAUUGCUCUCAGAUGUUUCUGUGAAAGAGCUGUAAAGGCACCAGUAUGUGGCAGCUCCCCCAUUCCUGCCCACACUGUAACGGUACGUGUAAUAAGGUCACUGAUACAUACUGACUACAUAUAAUCGUAUUAGGUAUUUAGCUUCUAAGCUAAAUGGCUGGAAAACUGUUCAAAACAACAGUUUGAUGUCCAAGCUAUUCUGUGUGGCAGCUGCAGAUUGAGGCCCGCUGGAGUCAGGUGCUGAACGUUGGUUUCAGAAUGCGGAAGAAGGAGCCCUUCCUUGGAGCCUGAUGGUGGCUGGUCCACGGGGUCCUCUGAUGGAGGAUCUUCGUAAACCUGACGGCACUCUUGAAAGGAGGGUUGAUGAUGACAUAAUGGCAAAUAUUUCUAUUUACUGUUCUGUUGAAGGCUCUGCAGUGGGUAGCUUUUCUCAUAUGGCCAGAUGGUAGAGACACUGAUGCCUGAUGGUGCCCCAGUCAAACUGCAUCAAUGUUAGGAAACGUCUGUGUUUUACACUAGGGUUUUAAGUUCGGACACUACAUUUUCUAACAGCUUUAAAGUCUUGUACACUUGCAAGAUCUCAAACUUUCAAAGUGAAUCUCUUUCCUAAUUUUAAAGGAAGAUAUCAAUGGAAUAUUUCUUUUUUAUUAACUUGUUAGACCUCAUAUUCCACUUAUUAUUAUUAGUGUUGAAGCAUCAAACAGUUGUUUUGAUUUAAGUUACAGUUCAGAGAUUUAUUUGGUUCUCUAGUUGUGUGCCAUGUACUGCAGUGUUCGGACUCACCCCAGACAUAUUCAAUUCUAAACCAUCCCCACAUUUAUGAAACAUUUAGUGUUUUUGCAUUGACAUGCCUUUAUAGACCUCAAUGAUAUGAGACUGUUGUGUUGUGGAGACCUUGCAAAACAAUUAUUUCGCUGUCCAACCAUUGCAGUAAAUGGCUUGUGCAUGCAACUAUUCAGCUAAAUAAAUCACUGAAAUGGAACCAAAACUACACUCUUGAUGAGGCUACAACACAAGCAGUAUGCAGAAAAUUUGGUCCAACAUGCUAAAAAAUGAAAUAUACAUUUAAAUAGCUUACAUGUCAGUAGAGACUGUUGUUUGAGGUAUACAUAAAUGUGAGAUGAUUUUGGGUAUGGUAUAUUCAAUAUGGUGUCCUAUACAUUUUGCAUGGCUACCCUAACUUUUUGCCAAACCCUACUCUACACCAUGCCAAGAGCCUUUACAAUAGUCCAUUGGAAGAUUCCAGUUGGAGUAGUCAGGCAAAUACUGUAUAAAUUAGGCUAGCAACAUUCCUCCAUCUAAAUGGUCUUGCCACUUUAUAUAAAUAUGCACUUAUGAACUGUAAUUAUUUCAUCCGAAGUUAAUAAAAUGUUUUUAUAUUGAA